AUGAGGCAGAUCCACAAGGCCAGGUCUGCAUGUCCUGGGGGGGCCGUCAGAAAGUCUUUAUGUAUCAUCCAUAAUGUGUACGUGGAUGACAGUGGAGACUACUGGUGUGAAACUGGAAAUGGGAAGAAAAGCAACAACAUCAGCAUCACAGUCACCGGUGGUUCUGUCAUCCUGGAGAGUCCUUACCUUCCUGUCAUGGAGGGACAUCCUGUGACUUUAGGCUGCAAACACAAGUCCUCUACCAACAUCUCAGCUUUGUUCUACAAGAAUGACAUCCGUAUCAAAGAGGUCCAAACUGGAAACCUGACCAUCCACAGCGUCUCUAAAUCUGACCAAGGGUUUUACAAAUGUAGCAUCGAUGGAGCUGGAGAGUCAGCACAGAGUCUGCUGGAGGUCAGAGAUGAUCCCCCACAGAUCCCACUGUGUUCUGACCAGGUGCCCGUUCUCCUCUACUUACUCCUAAGGACUGUUGGGACCAUUGUAUGGGUCGGUCUGCUGCUGCUGAUGUUACGGAAACAUGACAGGAAAACACAGGUUUUGCAGAAGUGAAAGCACCUCGGAG